AUGGCUCCCGACAUUACCUUCCGCAACAUCUCCAACCAGCCGCUCCGGCUGAGACUCGUCGAGUACUUCGACCCCGAGAAGCAGGAUGGCGGCGGGGUGUUCUCCAUGAAGAAUGUCACCUCCGCCAUCACUAACGUGACUAACUCGGUCGGCAUCACCAACACCUCGACCCGCAAAGAAGUGCCCGAGAUCUCCCCAGACGCGAAACCCUUUGAGAAACGAGAAGUCGACAUCAAGCUCGAUCCUUUCAAGAUCGUCAAGACCGACGUCAAGUCUUCCAUUAGAAACGAGAAGGAGCGUACCCGUCUGACCUUUGAGACGGACAAUGGAGAGAAACACAAGAUGUACACCCCGGUGCCAACAACCCUCGGCACGCCGACUCUCGAGACUGAGGGUAACACUCAACACCGCUACACAGGCGUCUACCUUCCAGACGACGCAUUCGUGGCUAUCUACAGCUCCAAGGACCUGAACAAGUGGAUGGCCAGACUCCCCGACGACAUUCCUCUUGGUGCUCUGUCCAUUCCAGGCACACACAAUUCGCCUACCUGCCACAAUGCCCCACCAUCGGUCCGCUGCCAGGCUGUCAGCCCGUGGGAGCAGCUGCAGAAUGGUGUUCGCUUCUUUGACGUGCGAGUUCAAGUACCUGAGCCCUUCGAUCUCGACAGCGACCGGCUCAACCUUGUGCACAGCGCAUUCCCUAUCUCAUUGACCGGCAACAAGCUCUUCCGCGAGCUCUACGAGGAUGCCCUCAAGUUCCUGAGGGAGAAUCCCAGCGAGACGCUCAUCAUGUCCCUCAAACGGGAAGGUACUGGAAAGGGCAGCGAUCAACAGCUCUCGCAGAUUCUCAAGAAGCACUACACCAAUCCUCAGCAAUGGUUCACUCAGCCACGUGUGCCUAAGCUCCAAGAAGUUCGCGGCAAAAUCGUCCUUCUCCGUCGCUUCAACAAUGCUGACGAGCUCAACCGCGAGUGGGAUGGCAAGGGAUGGGGAAUCGAUGCUGCUACUUGGGCCGACAAUACACCCAACUCCAUGUGCCCAUCAGGCGAUGUCUGCGUCCAAGAUUUCUACCAAGUCGAUGAGGCCGAGAGUAUCAGGAAGAAGAUUGACUAUGCUCGCGAGCACUUGGAGCGCAGUGGCUGCUGCAAAUUCGAUCUAAGGUCGGACAACAAGUACCCACUGUACGUCAACUUUCUGUCAGCGAGCAACUUUUGGAAGAUUGGCACCUGGCCGGAGAAGGUUGCUGCUGCCAUCAAUCCCGAGAUUGUCAAGCAUCUUUGCCAUGCUCACAUGAUCAAAGGCGAUGGGGGCGUUAAGGAGGGUGAUUGGAGCACGGGUUGCUUGAUCAUGGACUGGAUCGGGCAGGGCAACGACUGGGACCUCUGCAGAUGUGUGGUGGGUAUGAAUGCGAAGCUGAUCCGUGAAGGCAAUUAG